AUGAGCCCCGCGCCGCCGGGGCCGGAGGGCAGUCCCGCGGGGAGCCCGACCGCCGACACGACAAUGAGCGACCUGAUUGGCGGGCGGUACCGCCGCAUCCGGAAACUGGGCAAGGGCUCGCAGGGCAGCGUGUGGGAGUGCGAGGACGUCACCGCACCCCCAGGCGCGCCGCGCGUGGCGUGCAAGACUUUUCCCCUGUCGCACUCCGCCAUCAUCGACAUCCGCGCAGAGGUGCGCGCGCUCGAGAUGGUGGGGGACCAUCCCAACGUCGUGCGCCUCGUGGAUUUCAUCGUCGACGCUGCCGCGGCGGAGGUGCAUGUAAUGAUGGAGCUUGUACCGGGCGGCGAUCUUCUAUCGGAGGUGAUGCAACGCGGUCCGCUGGCGGAGCCGCUCGCCGCCACGGUUUUCCGGCAGAUUGCGUCGGCCGUCGCGUACUGCCACGCGUCGGGUGUGAUGCAUCGGGAUAUCAAGCCGGACAAUGUGCUGCUUGUUCGCCCGCCGGAAAACGCGCCGGAAAUUGCGCACGCGGUGGAGCGUGCGACGGCACCGGGACGGCGAAUCUGGGGAGUGAAGCUCGCGGACUUCGCGCUGUCAACGGUCGUUAAAGGCGGACUCAACGGGAAGAAGGCGGAUCUCGGAGCGGGCACGCGGCAGUACAUGGCGCCGGAGAUGGACCAGGCGGCCGCCGCCGCCGCCGCCGCCGCAUCCGCUGGCGCUGCUGCUGCCGCCGCUGGAGGGACCGGCGUUGCCCGAUGUGACAGUAGCGGGGGAUCGUACGGGUUGAAGGCUGACGUGUGGAGCCUCGGAAUCACGCUGUGCGCUAUCCUAACGGGGCGACUUCCGGCCGUCGAUUCGGCGACGCUCGCGCUUCACGAUUCGCUGCCGAUCAACUUCGUGUCGCCCAGCUGGAAAGGCAUCUCCGCCGACGCGAAGAAUCUCGUCCGCCGGAUGCUGCGCGUGAACCCGGAUCAACGGCUGAGCUCGUUCGAGGUGCUGGAGCAUCCAUGGCUGAACCAGAAGGCGGUGCGGCGGCUCGACAUCACGGCGCGCUGCCCUUCGCUUCUCUUCUCCGCGUCUCUCCUCGCGCCGCCCUUUCAACCCGCCGCGUGUCGCCUCAUGGCGAGCGCGGGCGGAGCGGUGGGCGCCGCGGGGGCUUUUGACACGGCGCAGAAGGCGCGGGCGGCCUGA